AUGUGUCCUCCACCACCCUGCGCAUGCACUCGUCCCCAUCACCUGCUACCCAUGCUCUUCCCCACGCCCCGCGCGCCCAUCACCACUACGGACUCGCCCCCUACCACCACCUCGCGCACAUCUCAUCUCCGCGCUGCCCGCCUUGGCACGCCCCACGCGCCACGUCCGCCCAAUAAUUCUCCCCGCGCGCUUACGCAUGGCGCGGAUGCGCUGCAGCGUGCGACCUAUCCCCGCGCGCUUGCGCGUGGCGCUGAUGCGCUGCAGCGUGUGACCAAUCCCCGCGCGCUUGUGCAUGGCGCUGAUGCGCUGCAGAGUGCACCCUAUCCGU